AUGGCUAUCAAGGUGUGUCAACUUGUCGGAUUACCUCCUCAGAAUUCUUUUGUCCAGGGGUCAAUUGGGACCCAGAGACCUGCGGCGAUCCCCGCAAGCGACCAAGAGCCAGAGCGGGACGGGUACGGCCACGUAGGUCCCGCUAGUGACCGGAGACUGGCGAGGAGAGUGGGCGUACCCAAUAAUUUGACGCGGAACUACAGCAAAGGCAGGGAGGACACUGUGGAAGUGAGCGGAGCCCGGACACGGACCCACUACGCCUCUCGUGACUGUACCCUCACCUUGGUUACCAAUUGGAGAACAGGCAGAGGAAGCAGGAGAAGAGUCGACGGAGGGAUUCGGAAGAAGGGUCGACGGAGGGAUUUGGCAGGCUUUGCCAGGAGCGGGGAAGAAUCGACAGGCUUUGCCAAAAGCGACCGGGUGGCCACACGCAGGCUGGGAAGGAACCCCCGGACCACACAGUACAACCCGCAGGCUACCGGAACGAACCCCAAGACGUCCACAACAGGCAGGGACAGAGGAAACUCUGCCUCCCAAGGGGCGAUUGGGACCCAGAGAACUGCGGCGACUCCCGGAAACGACCAAGAGGUGGAGCGGGACGGGUACGGCCACGUAGGUCCCGCGAGUGACCGGAGACUAGCGACAGUGGGCGUACCCAAUACUUUGACGCGGAACUACAGCAAAGGCAGGGUAAACCCUGCCUUGCGUGUAAGUGUGACGUCAGCCCGGAUAGCGUAUCUGUGGUUUUAGAUGAUUUUAUCCCCGUGGCCUGCCUCCAUCUCAAUUGUGUGUGCAGGAGGACGCUGUGGAAGUCAGCGGAGCCAGAACACAGACCCACUACGCCUGUCGUGACUGUACCCUCACCUAUUGGUUACCAAUUGGUAUUUUUAGUGUUGACAACU